AGUCCACAGAGGAUAUCGGAGGAUACGUCAUCAGUGUGCGACGCAGCGUGCAGGACCGUGAAGGACGCCGACGAGAAGCUUGUGAUGAAAUAAGUCAAAUAUAAAGCUGAUUCUGAUUCUGAUUCUGAACCAAAGCCACAAAACUAUUAUAGCAGCUGGCAAACUGACCUCUGUCUGUGCUCUUCAGCUGUGUCAGGAGGACGUGGUAAUGAUGGCGGUGUCGUGUCUAACUCGAGCCCUGCGCUCCCUGACUCUGUCCCAGCCUGCUCUGCUCUCCUCGCAGGCAGUUGCACUGACCAAGCUGGGAACUCAGGUAACCAGUACAGUCGGGCAGUGCAGAGGCUUCCUCACCACAGCCUCUCUGGAGCAGAACAGGACAUUUUGGAAGCAGAGGGAGAAGUACACCACCAGGCCUAUAGGAAUGAAAAAGACAGGAGGCAGAGAUCACUCAGGAAGGAUACGGACACACGGCAUUGGUGGUGGCCAUAAACAAAAAUACAGGUGGAUAGACUUUCAGCGACUGCGCUAUGAGCCGAACCGAGAGGCCCAGCCCUUUGAAGAGAAGGUUGUGGAAGUGCGAUACGAUCCAUGCAGGUCUGCUGACAUUGCUCUGGUAGCUGGAGGCAACCGGAAAAGAUGGAUCAUUGCUACAGAGAACAUGCAGGCUGGAGACGUCAUCAAAACAUCUGGAAUUAUUGGACGCAUGGCAGUCUCAGCCAAUGAGGGUGAUGCCUACCCACUGGGAGCUCUUCCUGUGGGGACACUGGUAAACAACCUGGAGAUCCAACCAGGGAGGGGAUCGGAGUACAUUCGUGCUGCAGGCACUAGUGGAGUUUUGCUUCGUAAAGUAAAUGGAACAGCAAUCAUUCAGCUUCCUUCAAAGCAGCAGGUUCAGGUAUUGGAAACCUGCAUGGUAACGGUGGGGCGUGUGUCAAACAUCGACCACAAUAAACGGAUCAUCGGCAAAGCUGGUCGCAACCGCUGGCUUGGCAUUCGCCCCUCGAGCGGCUUGUGGCAGAGAAAAGGAGGCUGGGCAGGACGCAAGAUUAAACCGCUGCCUCCGAUGAAGGUUUACGUCAACAUGCCCUCUAUCUCGGCUAAAUAACACACAACGGGGAAUGUUCGGGACUGGAGAUUGUCGUCUCUUGCUUAUAAUCACUUAUUAUUUUUGGUCCUUACAAUGGAAUCAAGUCGACUGUUUGGAGAGAAAGUUCAAUAAAGACGAGCUUUUUGUACAGAAGAUUACAAAUUUUAUUAAACAACUGCUUGUGAGCAUGGAAAGAAACAAAACAAUAUAAAAAUCCAAAACAUAUUUACAUCUAUAGUAAAACAUGCGGAGUAAUCCAUAUUUUUAGUGGUAAAUUUAAAAAUACUGUCAUGUCAUUUUAAAAUAGGGUUUGUGCAAAGACACUGGGUGGCAUUUCAAGUAACAGGAGCAACGAGAUGGCAUGUUAUUGUAGUUUGACCAUUCAUGAAGAAAACUAACACUGAUGUUGAGUUAAUUUGUUGCUGUGCUAAAUUUCGGUGACAAAGUGAGCAUGCCUGCUCAUUGAUCCAGUCUUGUAAAACACCCCCAUGCUACCUCUAGAUUUAGGGCAAAAAAAAAAAAAAACUUGAGGUCAAAUACAUUAAAAAUACACUUGUCAUGCCCGUUUAGUAUUUCAAAGGCUAACUCGCAUGACAAAUUCCCUCAAACAACUCUGCCCUGGCUAAUUCUUCACAGCCCAAGUUUACAAAUCUGUAAGGGCCAGUUGGCCUCCCAACUAAAAGAAGAUAGUGAACCCUUCAAAAAGCAGGAGACGAGAAAACUUGACUGUGUAGUCACAGGCGGACACGUACGGUGGUAGCUGCAAAAUAAGCUUUUCAACAUCAAGUGGCAAAACUAAGUAACAGACAGCCGUGACAGUUUUCCAGACCUCAUAGGGCACUUGAAACCAUCAACAUAGACACAACAUCCCUAUAACGAAAAAAGGGUCAUUUUGAAAACAA